CGUACUGAGUUGACGUUCGCCACGCAACGGAAUAAUAUUCAAAAACAGUUCCAUACCAUCUCCAAAAAAAGAGUUACAACGCGUGAGUGAGUGCUAAAAAAAAUAGUGGUUCGAAAUAGUAUCGAUACCUUGUAUGUGUGUGAUUGUGACGCUUAAAACACAUCACCAGCCAAGUGAUAGCUGUAAAAAAAAUUGACAAAGCAAAAUAUCCUCUAUAACCAACCAACCAAAACUCCAGAAAAUGUGCAAUUAAAUCAUAUUGUCUAACAAAGUGGAGAGACCAAGAGCUUAAAGAGGGAUUAUCGGUACAAAAGAUUGGAUAAAAGGAUUAUCUUCAGCGCAGCGGAACUUAUAUAACCUCAAAAAUGGUUUCGCACUACUACAAUACACUGCCCUACACGCAAAAGCAUAGUGCCGCAAAUUUGGCCUAUGCCUCGGCAGCGGGUCAGCCAUGGAACUGGACACCCAACUAUCAUCACACGCCGCCGAAUCAUCAGUUCCUUGGCGAUGUGGACUCAUCGCAUGCCGCCCAUCAUGCGGCCGCUGCCCAUCAGAUGUACUAUAACUCACAUCACAUGUUCCAUUCGGCGGCGGCGGCCGGUGCCGGGGAUUGGCAUUCACCCGCCUCGAGUACGGCGGAUAACUUUGUCCAGAACGUACCCACAUCGGCACACCAGCUGAUGCAGCAGCACCACCAUCAUCAUGCCCAUGCCUCGAGCAGUUCCGUCAGUUCCGGCAGCAGCAGUAGUGGUGCUCCUGGUGCACCGCAACUCAAUGAGACCAACAGCAGCAUUGGCGGUGGAGGAGGAGGAGGUGGUGUUGGUGGUUCUAAUGGACCCACUGAAGGAGGACCUGGUUCCGCACCACCCAAUCAUCAGCAACAUAUCACCGAGGGUCUGCCAUCGCCACCGAUUACGGUUUCGGGUUCGGAGAUCUCAAGUCCUGGGGCUCCCACAUCCGCAUCGUCGCCGCAUCACCAUUUGGCCCAUCACCUGAGUGCCGUCGCUGCCAACAACAACAAUAGUCCUUCCACCCACAACAACAACAAUAAUAACAAUUCGGUGAACAACAACAACAGGACAUCGCCAUCGAAGCCACAAUAUUACGAGUGGAUGAAGAAGCCCGCCUAUCCAGCGCAACCACAGCCAGGAAAAACCCGAACCAAGGACAAGUACCGAGUGGUCUACACCGAUUUUCAACGCCUGGAACUGGAGAAGGAGUAUUGCACGUCCCGUUACAUCACCAUCCGGCGGAAGAGCGAGUUGGCCCAGACGCUAUCCCUAUCGGAGCGUCAGGUGAAAAUCUGGUUCCAGAAUCGCCGCGCCAAGGAGCGCAAACAGAACAAGAAGGGCAGCGAUCCUAAUGUGAUGGGCGUGGGUGUGCAGCAUGCGGAUUAUAGCCAACUUUUGGACGCCAAGGCGAAACUGGAGCCGGGCCUGCACUUGCCCCAUUCGCUGGCCCACUCGAUGAAUCCGAUGGCGGCGAUGAAUAUACCCGCGAUGCGACUCCAUCCGCACCUGGCUGCCCAUAGUCACUCGUUGGCGGCGGCGGCGGCGCAUUCACACCAGCUGCAACAGCAGCACAGUGCGCAAAUGUCAGCUGCGGCGGCAGUGGGAACGCUCUCGAUGUGACACGAUCGUUCAUGUUAUGCGAACGGUGGCAUCAACAACAGCAGCGAGAAUAACAGUUACUUGGAGCCGCAGCACUCGCUGUUGGGGGAGAGCGAGAGGGGCUUAGGAGGAGGAGGCCAGUGCGAUGGCACCUAUAGUGCUCCCGCUCUCGCCUUGGACUUGGCUUAACCCUUAGGUCGCGCAGUCAGACUGUUUCGACCGAACCAACGAGAAAUGAAGCACCCAAUUAAAUGGAGGAGGACCUGGCGGCCGUUGCACCUUGAAUAUUGCACGUUGUUAAUUUUUGUGAUUGUAUAUUCCUGGUUUUCGCACACGUCAAUGUCCUCUCAGCUAAACAAGUCCCAUAUUUCUUGUAUUAUGUUUGUUUUUUGUUCAACGUAUGUAAUUUAAAGUAAAUGUUUAGCUCGUAAGUUGUAGCCCUUAAGUUGCCCAAGAAAAACAAAAACAAUUGAAACCAGCCGUCCCAGCCGUUUAAAGUUUACAACUAUUCGCAGCAACUUAACAUAAUUUUAGUACAAGCAAUUAAUUUUAGAGUGCAACUUGAUGAUUCAGCCCGUGUAAAUAUCCACAUAACAAAAGAGUUUUAACGUUUAUUACUUUUAUAUAUCGUAAUAACAAUUAGCCAUAGUUUAAUCUAGCUGUACUGAAUGUAAAAUGUAAAGCAUUUUCCGAGCACAAAAGCAAAAUUACCACAUAAAUAAAUAAUUUUUACGUAUUAAUCCACAAUUUUCCUUAGUUCAAUUUUGGCGGCAAUUAAUUUAUAGCUUGUGAAUUGAAUGUAUGUGUGUAUAUGUAUGUGCUUAGCUAUUUAAAUAAAAUAUGAACAAUAAAAAUACAA